GUAUUAUAUAUCGUUGAGAAAAGCGCUAGUGCACACACAUUAUUCUAAGAGGCAGACAAUUGAGUUUUCAGUUGUAAUUCAAUACUGUUUACGACAUUGUGACGAUUUAGUUGUCGAGUUGAUAAUUUUGGUCGAAUACAAACACGAAAAAAAUCGUCAUGGAUGCCAAAGAGCGCAAGAAGAGAGAGAAAAUGGAAAGGCGUGAGGCUGAAAAGAAAGAGAUGCAGUAUUAUCGUGAACAAUUGGCACAAUUAGCAAAUGGUUCAGAUGCUCGUGGUCAACUCUCUUUCCCGCCAACACUUCAGAAGGGCCAACGAAAGAAACUGCACAAUAUUGCAGCUUCACUUGGACUCAAAUCAAAAUCGCACGGAAAAGGCGACAAUCGAUUCUUAACGGUAUUUAAGAAGAACGUAGUUCCAUAUACACCGACAGGCGACGGUUCGAUUAACUAUUUACGACUGACAAAUAAUUCAAUAGAUAAAUUGCUAGAGUUAACGAACCAUGAUCCGGUUAGUGAUGCAGAAAAAGAGAUUACAAUUGUACGACGGCCCACCGAUACGACCAAAAACCAUGCACAUUUGCCAUUUAUGUUUGGUGAUGGACGUUCAAAGACAAAGGUAACCGUUCCGCCGCCAAUGAUAAAUGGCGCCGAAAAAUAUCGAGCCACACGACAAAGCUUACCAAUUUUUGAGUAUCGUGACGGAAUUAUUGAUGCAAUCAAUCAAAAUCAAGUUGUCGUUAUAUCAGGCGAAACAGGUUCUGGUAAAACAACACAAGUGCCACAAUACAUUAUGGAGGAUUUUGCGUCACGCGGUCAGGAAUGUCGAAUAAUUUGUACACAGCCGCGAAGAUUAGCAGCCACAUCCAUUGCUACACGAGUCUCCACAGAGCGCAAUGAUACCAUUGGUCGUUCCGUUGGCUAUCAAAUUCGUUUGGAUAGUCGAAUCUCGGCAGACACCAAUUUGAUUUUCACCACCAGUGGUUUUUUGUUGCGUUGCUUAACCGGAUCGAAACAGGAAGAUGUGUACAAAAGUAUAACGCAUUUGGUUCUGGACGAGGUGCACGAACGUGAAAAGGUGACCGAUUUUUUGUUGAUCGCGAUUCGUGAUGCGAUCAAAACAAAUCCACAUUUGAAGGUCAUUUUGAUGUCGGCCACCCUUGAUUCGGACCAAUUUAGUAAAUAUUUUGAAAAUUGCCCUGUGAUCAAUGUUCCUGGUCGGAUGUUUGAUGUGGAAAUCAUGCAUCUCGGCGAAGUACUCGUAAGCACCAAAUAUAAAAGUAAAGAAAUGCAUACAUAUAUGACUGAUAAUCCAUUGCCAAAAAUAUUGCGAACAUCGAAAAACAUGGACACAAUCAAAGAAGCCGAUGAAGAUAAUGAAAAAUUGAAAAUCAGCGACGAGGACAUCCAAUUCUACGAUGAAUGCUUCGAUGAGUGUAUGUCCCAAGAUGAUGAUGAUGCAUCGUUUGAGCAAAUCUUCUGUUUGAUAACGGAUGAAAAUAUGCCAGUCGAUUAUAUGCACAGUACGAAAUUGCGUACAGCAUUGGGAAUUGCGGCGGAAAAAGGUUUUUUGAAUGUGCUAACAAAAUUACUGGGUUUAGGUGCAAAGCCAACAUUCAAAGAUGCACACGGAAAAUGUGCAUUGGACUAUGCCGAAGAAAAUGAACAAGAAGAAUGUUGUGAGGUAUUGGCAUACUAUCAGACUAUUGCACCGAUCACAGCGACCACAAUUGCUGCUGCCGCCAUCGAAAGCGACAGUGAUGCAGAAGCCAAAGCAUGGCAACAAUUCACACAACUUGCAUAUCAAAUGACCGAUAGUAAACGUGAUGCAAUUGAUCAUGAAUUACUGUAUCAUGUAAUUUAUCAUAUUCAUACGGAAAAAUCAACGGAUGGUAGUAUUCUUGUCUUUUUACCCGGCUACGAAGAUAUCAUGGAUCAAAAAGAAAAAAUUGAAAAUCGUUUCAAUAUGCAGAAUUAUCAAUUGUUUGUAUUGCACAGUGGCGUGAAUGGAACGAGUAACUCUGAGCAAUCACGCGUUUUUGAUCAUAUGCCAAAGGGAAUACGAAAAAUUAUACUUUCCACAAAUAUUGCGGAGACAUCGCUUACCAUUAACGAUGUGGUAUACGUAGUCGAUGCUGGCAAAGUGAAGCAACUAAGCUAUGAUUCGAUCAGUGAAUCGACGUGUUUGACCUCGACGAAUAUUUCACAGGCGUGUGCCAAACAACGUGCUGGUCGAGCUGGACGAAUUCAAUGCGGAUUUUGCUAUCGACUGUAUCCAUUGGAACAAUAUGAAACGAUGGAAAAAUACACACUGCCAGAAAUUCUGCGUGUGCCUUUGCAAGAAAUUUGCCUAAAUACAAAAAUUUUGGCCGGUGAUUUAUCGAUCGAGGAAUUUUUACUGAAAGCCCUGCAGCCACCGUCCGCAACAAAUAUCCGCCAAAGCAUCGAACUACUGAAAAAAGUCAAUGCGCUAGACGCUGACGAAAAUAUCACUUAUUUGGGCAUACAUUUGGCCAAUAUGCCAGUCGAUUGUCAAUUGGGAAAAAUGAUUUUGUAUGCGAUUGUAUUACGUUGCUUGGAUCCAGUGGUGACAAUCGUCAGUGCGCUCUCGGUUAAAGAUCCAUUUAUGUUACCGUUGGGCAACGAAGGCGAGAAAAUAAAUCAAAUCAAAAAAGAAUUCGCACGGAAUUCGCUAAGCGAUCAUCAAAUGCUAUUGAACACAUUCGAUGAAUGGUCAAAGAAAAAAACGCGUCUUCAAUUCGAUUUUUGUCACGAAAAUUACAUUUCACAGGGUAACAUGCAAAUGAUUCAAGGCGUACGACGUUUGAUCAUGGGACAUUUGACGAUGGCCGGUUUUGUGUGCGAAGGCACCGCCCGAAAUAUUAGUAAAUUGAACCAAAAUUCAAUGAGAUGGGACGUUGUAAGAGCGUGUCUGACAGCGGGAAUGUAUCCGAAUGUGUGCCGAAUUUCGCCGAUCGUAGGUCAAUUGAUUUCGAAACAAGAUAAAAAAUUGGUGCCCCAUUUAUCAUCGGUGUUGCGCGAACGAAAAGGUCGCUUUCAGUUGGAUCGAAUGGUGAAAAGUGCUGGCGCCGAAUGGUUUAUUCAUGGUGAAAAAUCACGUAUUUCAAACAAUUCAUUCGUUCGAAAUAUCACAAUCGUUCCUUCAAUCGUUGUGGCUCUAUUCACUGGGCCGAUCAUGUUAUCUGAUUCCUGUUUAAUUGCGUCUGGUGAGAGUAAGGCUGAAGUUUUAUCGGACAUGGACUGUGAUGAUAUUCCGCAAGAGGAUGAUAUUGAAAAUACCGAUUUUGACGAUCAACUUUUUGGUUGUGGCGGUAUUGAAGAGGAAGGUGAGACAAUAUUCAACAUUGAUGACUGGAUUAGUUUCAUUGUUGAUGAAUUCGAAGCAACAUUAUUGCUACAAUUGCGUCAAAAAUUCGCGUCAAUAUUUGUGAAAUUUCUACGUAAUCCGGUUGAAUUCCAAAUGACAAACAAAGAACAGACAACGUUGAACGUUUUACUUGAGGUUCUAAAAGAAGAGGAUGACAUCGCGAAAUAUCUGAAAGAACAGGCAGCUAAGGCAGCAGCAGAAAAAACUAAAGACGAUAAUGAUGGUGAAGGUGAAUGCUUUGGAAGUAUGACAAAGAAAAGCUCGGGAUCAAUACCAAAAAAUGAUCGAAAACCAAUACCAGAACGACCCACUGCCGGACCAGCGUACAUUUCACCUGCAUAUAAUCAAGCAAUUGAACCUGAAGGUCGACGAAAUAAGAAGAAAAAUAAAAAGAAAAAGGCCAAUAAGUGGCUAGAUAAGAGAUAUCAAGCUGAUGGACUGAAUUGGCGAAACUGUGACGUCGUGUCUGAUGAUCAAACACAAGGCGUACAACCAUCAACUUCAACUCAAUCUUCUAUUAGUUCAGCGGAAAAUCAACAAAAGAAAUUAACACAGGGCCUAUUCAAUAAAUUGGAUCAGCCAUUUACGCCGCCAUCGCUACAACUUCCACCACCAUCGUUUCAAUUUCCACCGCCAUCAUUGCAAUUUCCACAAGGACCCGGUAUGUUUAAUAUGGCAAUGAUACCACCGAUGAAUCAUUCCAUUCAAAAUCGUUAUUUUCUACUGGUGGUCUCAAAUGUUGGCGUGAUCUAUCAGAGUGUGUACAGUAGUCAAUGGAAAUUUAAGACACCACGUGCCUUUAUUGCAAAGCAAGCCCGUGAAUCUUAUCCUGCAAAAAUUAUUCUAUUUUGGCACGUGCCAAAAAAACACGCCAUUUUUGGAUAUGGUGAAUUUCAAACACGCGGCCAAGGCGGAUAUGUCAUCAACGUUGAUGAUAACAUUCGCAAUUUUCGACCAUUGAUGUCUUUCGAUGCAAACGACGACUAUGAAAUGGCACCCGACGAAGGCAAUGAAGUACUGCAAUUUUGCAAAAGUGUUGCGAAUAUAAAACGAUCAUAAUAAAAAUGAAUCAUUCAUAUUUUUUCACAUUCUUUUUACCGAGACUCAAAACAACUCUGUCAAUUUAAUUUAUAACUUGUAAUUUUUCAUUCUCUCGGCAGCUUUGCGUAGCAAAUAAUAAAUUAUAAAAUAAA